CUAGUGGUCCCCCCGGUCCCCCCGGCCACUGAUCGGGCCCCGAAGCCGUCCAAGCGCCUGGUGAUCGUGGCGGACUGCACGUGGGCGAGCGACGCCGACCGUAACCACGUGUUGAAGCAGCUGUGCGAGGCGAUGGCUCAAGACCGCCUGGGCAAGGCCUUCUGGAUCCAGGAUUACCUGAUCAGCCCCCUCACGCAGACCAUGGAGCAGAGCGGCGCCGAUUGCUGCAUCCAGUACAGGAUGCACAUCUCCAGACCCAGACUGGAGCGGGAGAAACCCACCAGACCGGCGAGGAGACGGCGGGACACGGAGCAACAGAAGGUGGAGGAGCCGGAUGAGAUGGAGGCGGAGCCUCCAGAGGACUGGCAGCGGGAGGUGGAGGAGGAGGAGGAAGAGGAAGAGGAAGGGGCGGAGCCUCCAGAAGACUGGCAGCGAGAAGUGGAGGAAGACGACUUGGUGGAGGAAGAGGAGGUGGAGCCAACAGGUCCCCAGGUGCAUGAUGAGAGAGAAAGUAGCAGGACGGAGAUGAGGAAUAGGAAGAUGAUGAUGGUGAGGAUGGGUCUGCCGUUCCUCACUGGAGUCUCCCCAACCGGCUUCCUCUCAGCCAAUAGGAAGCAGCCGGGAGGAACAGACCACCUGGUCCAG